AUGUGGGGCUUUCAGCUGCAGCAGCAGCAGCAGCAGCAGCGGCAGCAGCAGCAGCAAGUCGCGCUGCAGCAUCAGCUCGCGCAGCUGCGGCAGCAGCGAAAAUGGCAGCAGCAGCAGCAGCAGCUGAUACGGCAGCAACAGCAUCAACAACAACUAGUGCUGCAGCAGCAGCACAACCACCGCCACAGCAGCAGCAGCAGCAAGACAGCAGCAGCAGCAGCAGCAGCAGCAAAACAGCAGCAGCAGCAGCAGGCCUCCCCCGGAGGCGCAGCAGCUGCCGUUUUUUCAGGGGAAUCAAAAGAAGGAGAGAAGCAAAAAGAAGAAAGUCCGGAAUAA